GCCAUCUUGCCCGCUGAAAUCUCGCGAGAGGGUGCCGCAGCCGCUGGGCGAGAGCGGGCGGGGAGUAACUUUGUUCUUAACUUGGGCAAGAGGAAAGCGGAGUCCGGGAGGACCGGGCGGAGAGCGUCUCUGUCGCGGUGGGAUGUUCGCGGACAGUGGCGAGUAGAGAGAGCGGCUCAUUUGUGCGGGUUGUGGAAGCUGCCCAUUUUGGAUUUAUGUGCGGACAAUGAGGGACCGUGAGCGCUGCCUGCAGGAGGAGCCGUAACACAAUCCCAGAGUCGGUAAUGGUCUUUUGCACAGACUAGUGAGAUGCAAAGCUGGAUCAGUGAUCAUCAAAGAGAACCCCAUCUAGUAACAUCAUCUAAAAGCAGGUUGCAUCAAUCAACGCAUUGCUUGGAUGGCCUGACAAAUUCAGAAACCUGAAAAGGAAGUCUUUGUGAAAAAACAGAAAUAAAACGAAGACAACAGCUACGGCAUUCCAUGCAAGUUACUAAGCAAAAACAGUUUUUUUCCCUCCUCCUAUUUUCACCUUUACAGAUCUCAUGAAACCAGGGCACUUUCUGGAGUGUUUUCUCCAGGAGAAAAGUACCCUUGUAGAGAACAAACAUGGGUGUGUUUUAUUCUGGAAGGUUUUAAGUUCAAGCCUAUUUUCAGAUCAUGACCAGUUUGAAAAGGUCCCAGACUGAGAGGUCGGUUGCAAGUGGAAUCCAAACUGCUGUACCAGAUGGACCACAAAAAGCUCGUUCAGAUGACUUUUAUAUGAGGCGUUUCAGGUCACAGAAUGGUAGCUUAGGUUCAUCUGCAAUGUCUCCUGUUGGCCCACCACGUAGUGAAAGUUCCCAUCAUAUAUCUGCAACUCCUGGUGUUCCCAAGAUGGGAGUAAGGGCAAGAAUUGCAGAUUGGCCACCUAGAAAAGAAAAUGUGAAAGAAGUGAGUAGAACUAGUCAGGAUGCUGAAACAACAAGUAUUGAUACUGUAUCUGUUAAAAGUAGUCCUAGUAGUCAAGUUAGCAUGUCAAGCAUUAAUUCAAGCGAUUCUGCUAUGCUAAAGAGUAUCCAGAAUACUCUCAAAAACAAAACCAGACAGGCUGAAAGUUUAGACUCAAGGUUUCUUUCCCCUGAAGGUUUUUCCAGUGCUAGCUCUCCAAGAAAAGUUCUUCGCAGGAUAAGGCAACGGAGUAACAGUGAUAUUACUAUAAGUGAAUUUGAUAUGGACAAUUUUGAAGAGUGUAUGUCACCAACAUUUAAAACAGGGUCUUCGUUACAUAGAGAGUAUGGUAGUACCUCAUCAAUUGACAAGCAGGGGACUUCGGGGGAAAGUUUUUUUGACUUAUUAAAAGGGUACAAAAAUGAGAGAUCUGAUCAUCGUGCCCAUGGACCGUCAAAGUUGAGUGAACUACUAUUGAGUAGUGGAAACCGAGGAUCUGGCUUUUCAUUGGAUGUAAUAGAUGGUCAAAGAGAGGGGCAUAGAGCUUUCAAGGAUAGAGACAAACCACUUAAAAGACGUUCAAAAUCAGAGACUGGAGACUCUUCCAUUUUUCGCAAGCUGCGUAAUGCCAAAGGUGAAGGAGAAUUAGGAAAGUCUUCAGAUAUAGAAGAUAGCCGUUCUGAUGAUAGCAUCAGACCUUGGACCUGCCCCAAAUGUUUUGCACAUUAUGAUAUUCAGAGUGUUCUAUUUGAUUUGAAUGAAGUUGUCAUGAAUAGACAAAAUGUCAUCAAAAGAAAAAAUACAACAACAGGUGCUUCUGCUGCUGCUGCCGCCGCAUCGCUUGCUGCUGGGCCAUUGUCACACUCCUCAAGUUUUAACUCCCCCACAGGCAGUACAGAGGAUUUAAACCCAAAAGAAUCUAUGGACCAAGGAGAUGACAAAAGCAAUGACUUGGUAUUAAGCUGCCCUUACUUUCGAAAUGAAAUGGGAGGAGAGGCAGAAAAGAAGGUCAGUUUAACAAAAUCAAAUUCUGGUUCCUUUUCUGGAUGUGAAAAUUCUUCUUUUGAAUCUACAAUGAGUUCACAUUGUGCAAACGCUGGUUUGGCUGUUCUGGAGGUUCCCAAGGAAAACCUAGUUCUUCACAUUGACAGAGCAAAAAGAUAUAUUGUUGAACAUGUUGACCUUGGUUCUUACUAUUUUCGGAGAUAUUUCUAUCAAAAAGAGCAUUGGAAUUACUUUGGCUCCGAUGAGAACCUAGGUCCGGUUGCUGUUAGCGUGCGACGAGAAAAGUUGGAAGAUGCUAAAGAAAAUGGGCCACAGUACAACUACCGUGUAAUCUUCAGAUCCAGCGAGCUUAUGACUUUACGAGGAUCAGUGCUAGAAGAUGCCAUCCCAUCCACUGCAAAACAUGGCACAGCUCGAGGAUUGCCCCUUAAAGAAGUACUUGAGCACAUUGUUCCAGAGCUGAACGUUCAGUGUCUCAGACUGGCCUUCAACACGCCAAAAGUGACUGAGCAGCUUCUGAAGCUGGAUGAGCAAGGGCUAAGCUACCAGAUGAAAGUGGGCAUCAUGUACUGCAAAGCCGGCCAGAGUACAGAGGAGGAAAUGUACAAUAAUGAGUCAGCAGGACCAGCUUUUGAAGAAUUCCUUCAACUCUUGGGAGAACGGGUGCGACUUAAGGGAUUUGAAAAGUAUAGAGCUCAGCUGGAUACCAAAACUGAUUCAACCGGUACCCACUCACUUUAUACAACAUACAAGGAUUAUGAGUUAAUGUUCCAUGUAUCUACUAUGCUGCCAUAUACUCCAAACAACAAGCAACAGCUGCUGAGAAAGCGCCACAUUGGCAAUGAUAUUGUGACAAUAGUGUUUCAAGAGCCAGGAGCACUGCCGUUCAGCCCGAAGAACAUCCGCUCUCAUUUUCAGCACGUCUUCGUUAUUGUGAGAGCCCACAACCCUUGCACUGACUCUGUUUGCUACAGUGUGGCUGUUACAAGAUCCAGAGAUGUCCCUGGCUUUGGACCACCUAUUCCAAAAAGCUUUAACUUCCCUAAAUCCUCAGUAUUCAGGGACUUCCUGUUAGCAAAAGUCAUUAACGCUGAGAACGCAGCUCACAAGUCUGAAAAAUUCUUGGCCAUGGCUACUAGGACCCAUCAGGAGUACCUAAAAGACCUUGUUGAAAAAAAUGUCACCAACACUUCUAUAGAUUCCUCUGGAAAGUUCCCUUUUAUCUCUUUGGCAUCUAAGAAAAAAGAAAAGUCUAAACCAUAUCCUUGGGCUGAACUGUACAGUAAUGGUGCUAUAGUGUGGAACGUCCAAGUAGAAGAUUUCAGCAAUGCACUGGAGAUAGAGUGCUUUUUGUGUAUCUCUAAUGACAUACUGGCAUUGAUUGACCAUGAAACAAAAAGCGUUAUUUUUAACUGUUCUAGUCGGGAUGUUAUAGGCUGGACCUCCAAUAACACGACGAUUAAAAUCUUUUAUGAGAGAGGCGAGUGUGUAUUCGUAAGGAGUUUAAACAAUAACACAGAAGACAUCAAAGAAAUUGUCAAAAGACUGGAAAUUAUUACUAAAGGGUGUGAAACAAAUGAAAUGACUCUCAGAAGAAAUGGCUUGGGACAACUUGGCUUCCAUGUGAAUUAUGAAGGAAUCGUUGCAGAGGUGGAACCUUAUGGCUAUGCUUGGCAGGCUGGAUUAAGACAAGGAAGUAGACUGGUGGAGAUCUGCAAAGUUGCUGUUGCUACACUGAGUCAUGAGCAAAUGAUUGAUCUACUCAGAACAUCAGUGACUGUGAAAGUUGUUAUCAUCCCACCACAUGAAGAUGGAAUUCCUCGCAGGGGUUGCACAGAAACCUAUCGCAUGCCAACAGUAGAGUAUAAGGUGAAUGAAAUGAUCUCCUAUGAACUGAAAUUUCCAUUCAGAAACAACAACAAAUGGCAGAGGAAUGCAGCAAAGGGAGAAAAUGCACAGUUGCGUCAAGUUCCCUCGCAGUUGCAGAGUCCAGUUUCUUCACGAGUGUCAUCUGUAAAAGGAGAUGGCAAAAUGCAAACACAAGAGCGUACAGCAAAUAUUCCACGCAGCAUCUCCAGUGAUGGGCGUCCUUUGGAGAAUAAGAGGCUUUCUCCAGGUUCAGAGAUCUACGUCACAGUUUCCUCUGUUGCUAUUAACCGACCUCAGCCGUGCCGCAACUCUCCCAGUAACCUUUCCUCAUCUAGUGACACAGGGUCUGCAAGUGGCUCUCACCGUAGACAAAAAUCAAUGCCUGAAGGGUUUGGAGUUGGUCGUAGAUCACCUGCUUCACUUGAUCGACAAAGCACUCAAACUGAUACAGCAAGCAGCGGCAAGUCAACUCCUAGUUGGCAGAGAAGUGAGGAUGGAGUUCCUGAACAAAUCGAACCAACUUGUCAUCUCCCUGCUGUAUCUAAAAUACAUCCAUCAUACAGAGACAGCCCAACAGGAAGACUCAUUCGACAGGACCCUGUUCUUCAUCUCUCUCCCCACAAGCAGGGACAGACGGAUAGCCAUUACUCUAGCCAUUCCAGCACAAAUACUCUUUCCAGUAACGCCUCAAGUGCACACAGUGAUGAGAAAUGGUACGACAGCGGAGAACGGUUAGAUUCUGACAUGAACAGUUAUACCUACAUUCAAGGCACAUCUGCUGACAGCGGAAUAGACACCACCUUAUAUGGCACCAACCACGUUAACGCUGCCUCUCACGGCAACUCUUCAACAUCUCCCCGCUCUGGUCCGCCAAAGGAAAAAGUGGCCCCUCUGUGGCAUAGUGUCAGUGAUGUGGGAUUAAUCACUGACAGGACUUGUGACAGAGACUCUCAUGUAUUAGAUGUUAAGCGGGAGUCCCCUGUGGCUAUGGACAGUCACUCAAAGAGUCAGAUUGGCUCCAAACCCUUAACAAGAGAGAACAGUGCCUACAGCCUCAGUGAUGCAGCCUCUCACACAAGCACCAUGAGUUCUCGGCACUCAGCGAGUCCUGUUGUUUUCACUAGUGCCAGAAGUUCCCCCAAGGAAGAGUCCCAUUCUUCUACUUCCCCACAACUUGCACCUUCUUUCUCCUCCUCUUCCUCCUCCUCCUCUGGUCCUAGAACUUUCUACCCUCGCCAGGGUGCUACCAGCAAGUACCUGAUUGGAUGGAAAAAACCUGAAGGGACAAUAAACUCUGUGGGCUUUAUGGAUUCAAGAAAACGCCACCAGAUUGAUUGUAAUGACAUGCCCCCAACAAGGCUCCGGGCAUCAAUCAGAGACCUACAGGCAUCCCCAAAAAGGGUGUCUACAGUGCAGGAGGAACUUAAGAAACUCAUUGAUCUAGACAUCCCAAUAAGUGGAUCCGAGAAUGCAUUAAAGACGCCGUUUCCCACAACACCAACUACCAGACGAUCCCUGCACAGGACACUGUCAGAUGAAAGCAUUUAUAGUGGGCAGCGAGAUAUGCUUUAUGUCAAUUCAAGGGCUUCACUUCUGGAUCAAGCGCUUCCUAACGAUGUCCUAUUCAGUAGCACAUACCCAUCUUUGAACAAGUCACUGUCAUUACGAAGACCUUCAUAUACUCUUGGAGUGAAAACAGUACAUGGUGAGUUUUCUGCUUCUGAUACUUCACUCACUGACAUUCAUGAUCAAAGGAGGCAAGCCAUGCCCGAUCCUGGCCUCAUGCCCCUUCCUGAUGCUGCUUCAGACCUUGAAUGGUCAAAUCUGGUAGAUGCUGCAAAAGCCUUUGAGGUUCAAAGAGCCACAUUCUUUACUGGUCCCGAUGAAGACCACAGGCCUGGCAGCACUGAAUCCUUGGGUGACCAAACAGAUAGCCAGUCUGCAUCCCAAACCAACACAUACUUUGGGAAAGAGUCUCCUACAACGCUUGCCUCAAAAGUGGAACAGCUAGAAAGCAUGCUCAAAAUGCUCCAGUAUGAUUUGAAAAAGGAAAGAGAAGAUAAAGCCAACCUUCAGGCUGAAGUGCAGCUUUUACGAGAGGACAAUAUGCGCUUACAAGAAGAGUCCCAGAACGCUUCAGCCAAGCUAAAGAAAUUCACAGAAUGGGUUUUCAACACCAUAGAUAUGAGCUAAGGACAGGUUUGAUCGCAAGCAAGCCCAUGACAUCUCCAUAACUUAACACUUUAGCUUUAACUGCUCCUGGAUCAAAAUGUACAUAUAACAAAGCCACAAUCUCUAUGUAUCUGUAUGGUUUCAGCAAUGUAUAAAUGCAGCCUCUUUUGAUAACUACACCACAAACUAAAAUGGGAAUACUUCAGGCUUACAUUUAGUACAGAAAGCAGUCCAGUCGCCAUAUCUGGCUGCAUUUCCAGCACUGAUCGCUAUGUAAGUAGGCAAUGCUGUGCAGAAAUGUUUCUUUUUCCUGCUUUAUAUCACUUUGCAUUAUAUUAAGCUAAAAAAAAGACAAAACCUAGAAGAUGAAAAUUAAUAUGACAAAGGAAAACUGUUCAUCAAUAUAUAUUUCUCUGUCAGAGAUCCAACUGAAAAUCCUGGAUUUUGAUAUUUUUCUCUUAUUUAAUAUAGAUAUUUUAACGGUUCCUUUUUCUUUGACAGUAUUCCCCUCUGCUAAAGGGCAGCAAUAAUAGGUAUUUUCAUCAGUCCUGUACUCUCUUAUUGAGCUGAUAUAACCACCAUGUAAACUUUUACAGGAGAUGAGGCCUACAAAUUGAGAAGGGAUAUAUGUGACCUAUUUACUUUGAAGCAUCAUUGUUUUAAUAUGCUUAGGGUACUGUGGUCUAUAGCAUGUGCCAGGGUACUUGGCUUCCUUGCUUUGUUUAUAAAGGAAGCCUGUCUGGAUAAGACAAUGCACACAGGGCCCUGACAUUCCAAACUUGCUGUUGAAUACAAUACCUACACUGGUGAAACAUAGAUUCUUCUUAUUUUUUUUUUUUUUAAACAUUUUUGUCUUGCUUUCAUUUUCUGGUGUAUUGUAAGUUUACCGAAGUAUAAUUGCCAAUGUUGAUUACACAGAGCACUAAUAUGUUUGCAUAUUAAAACACAGUUUCCUUUUUCUUUUUUUUAAUUGCGUAGUCACAAAAGCAUAACCUCUAACCCUUUCUAAAACAAGUUGUGGGUUUGAAUAUUGCAGUCUCGUAUGACAUUGUUCCUUUUUGCGUAUAGAUUCUACAUUGAAUAGUGUACAAAUGUAUUUUAGUAAUUUGAUAUUACUUCUGCAUAACAUGAUUUUAAGGGAUAAUAUGUUGCUACAUAGCCUGAAGUGGGCAUUGUUUUUAAUAUAUUGCAAAAGAAGGUGAAUAACUUUGGGUCUAGUAGUUACUAGAUAUAUAGUGAAACAAUUACAUGUAUAACUAUUUCAAAAGGCAUUAUUUAAGUGCUUUAUAAACCUUAUAUACUACAACAAACACAUCCCUACAGAUUUUGGGAAGUACAGUUCUCGGUGAGUGUCUCGGAUCCGAAGGCUUGGCUGGCACAACUUGUCUCUUCUAAUAUACAGCAUUUGUUUGCCCACGCGCAUUUUUAUUUUACAGCUGGACAAGAUCAAAACACACAAAAACAGUUUGAAAUCUGUCUAAAUUACAAUUUUGAGAACUGUCCCUAUAUUUGCUAUGAGAUUCUAUGUAGGCAAAGAGAUAUUUAUAUUUUGUAAGAAAAUUUUCAGCGUGUUAUGCUUUAUCAGUACCGUUUGUGACACUGAAAAAAAUUCAAUAAAUUGGAUUCUUUCCUUUACAAUGUUUGAAAUGUUUCUAAUAGCUGAGUGGCAUGUACAGAAAUAACCUAUUUCCCUGACACAAAGAUUUGAAAAGCUUGCAGUCUGAUGAUUGUUCCCCCUUCUGGGAUUAUUUGUAGAAAUGCGAUAAAACACAGAAAAAAGGAGUGUUUUAGUGUCUUUUUUUAAUAACUGUAUGAAGGAGAUUUAUAUUCUAAUGCUUGAUAUAAUUUGUAAAUUGAAUCUUUUGCAAGGCUCUCUCUAGAGUACUCUAAUGUCUUGCUCUGAGUUCCUAUUUUGAACAGGGAGUAGUUAAAUGUGGGCUAUUUAUUAGAAUUUUACAGCAAAUUCUUUUACCAGAGGCUCCAGAGAAAACUUGUAAAAUCACAACAAUAAAACUGCUUUUAAAUUA